CCCCGCCCCGCCCCCGCCCCGCGCCCGCGGCGGCCGCCAUGUUGGGGGUUCCUCGCCGGGGGGCGCCCGAGGGCGUCCUCCUAAGAUGCCGGCGCGCGCGCGCGGCCCGCCCCCAAGAUGGCGUCCAUCGCGGGAGAGCGACACCGGGCUGUGGCUGCACAACAAGCUCGGCGCCACCGACGAGCUGUGGGCGCCGCCCAGCAUCGCCUCCCUGCUCACCGCCGCCGUCAUCGACAACAUCCGCCUCUGCUUCCACCGCCUCUCGUCGGCCGUGAAGCUCAAGCUGCUGCUCGGGACGCUGCACCUCCCGCGCCGCACGGUGGACGAGAUGAAAGGCGCUCUGAUGGACAUCAUCCAGCUGGCCAGCCUGGACUCGGACCCCUGGGUCCUCAUGGUCGCCGACAUUCUGAAGUCCUUUCCUGACACCGGUUCCCUCAAUCUUGACCUUGAGGAACAGAACCCCAACGUUCAAGAUAUUUUAGGAGAACUUAGAGAAAAGGUGGGCGAGUGCGAGGCCUCGGCCAUGCUGCCGCUGGAGUGCCAGUACCUGAACAAGAACGCCCUGGCCAUGCUCGCCGGGCCCCUCACCCCACCCGUGAAGCACUUCCAGCUGAAGCGCAAGCCCAAGAGCGCCACGCUGCGCGCGGAGCUGCUGCAGAAGUCCACUGAGACCGCGCAGCAACUGAAGAGGAGCGCAGGGGUGCCGUUCCACACCAAGGGCAGGGGGCCACUCCGCAAGAUGGACACGACAACCCCCCUUAAAGGCAUCCCGAAGCAGGCCCCCUUCAGAAGCCCCACCACGCCCAGCGCCUUCAGCCCCACUGGGAACCGGACCCCCAUCCCGCCUUCCCGGACGCCACUGCGGAAAGAAAGGGGUGUGAAGCUCCUGGAUAUUUCUGAGCUGGACAUGGUUGGUGCUGGCCGCGAGGCAAAGAGGAGGAGGAAGACCGUAGAUGCCGACGUGGUGGAAAAGCCAGCCAAAGAAGAAACAGUCGUGGAAAACGCCACACCAGACUAUGCAGCCGGCCUGGGGUCCACACAGAAACUCGGGUCUCUGAACAGCGAGCCUGCACUGCCCUCCACCAGUUACCUGCCCUCCACACCCAGCGUGGUGCCUGCCUCAUCCUACAUCCCCAGCUCCGAGACGCCCCCAGCCCCGUCUGCCCGGGAGGCUGGCCUGCAGGCCGGCCGGCCAUCAGAAGAGUCCAGUGCCCCAAGCCCCACGCUGCCAGCACAGUUCAAGCAGAGGGCGCCCAUGUACAACAGCGGCCUGAGCCCGGCCACGCCCACGCCGCCGCGCCCCACCUCGCCCCUGAGGCCCACCACACCUCCAGCCGUCACUCCCACUUCUCAGGCACCCCCAGUGGCCAUGGUGGCCCCCCAGACCCAGCCGACAGCCCAGCAGCAGCCUAAGAAGAAACUGUCUCUCACGAGAGAGCACAUGUACGCUGCCCAGGAGAUGUUCAAAACGGCCAACAAGAUCACGAGGCCCGAGAAGGCCCUCAUUCUGGGCUUCAUGGCUGGCUCCAGAGAGAACCCGUGCCAGGAACAGGGCGACGUGAUCCAAAUCAAGCUCAGCGAGCACAUGGAGGACCUGCCCAAGGCGGACGGCCAGGGCAGCACCACCAUGCUGGUGGACACCGUGUUCGAGAUGAACUACGCCACGGGCCAGUGGACGCGCUUCAAGAAGUACAAGCCCAUGACCAACGUGUCCUAACUGCCGCGCCCCGCCCGCCCGGCUUCGCGUCGUUUCGGGGGCCGGGGGGGCUUUUUAUACUUAGUAUGGGUUACUUUUUCCGUGUGAUUUAAGAUACUCUUUUUGGGUUCAGAACUACAUUUUUGAAUGUAAAGCCAAAAUGACAUCCUGCAAAUUUUAGUGCCUAUUAGACUUCAACCUUUGAUUUUUUUUUUUUUCUUCUUAAAAAAGAAAUUCUACUAGCCUGGGAGGGGAGGGUUCCCCUGCUAGUGUGCCCCCCCCCCAGGCUGAGAGGACCAAAGGCGGCAACUGGUGGGGGUGGGGGCCGCUAAGCCCCCGCCAUGCCUCUCUGGGAUUUCUAUUUGUCUUUGUACAGUUGUAGAGAUUUAAGACCUAUUUUCACUGUAAGAUAUUCCGAGUAUUAAAAGUCUAGCUUUUCUAAAGGAAA